GGAGUGGGCGGGGCAAUGUCGGCGGCGCUGCAGCGGGCGCUGGGCGCAGCGGAGCCCGGCGCGGCCCCGGCCCCGGCCCCGGCCCUGGUGCUGGGCCCGGCCCGCUCCGGCCGCUCGGCGCUGCUGUUCCGGGCGGCCCGGGGCGGGCCCCGCGCGCUGUUCCUGGCGCCUCGCGCCCUGCAGCGGCUGCCGGGGGCCCGGCGCGGGGAGAGCGACCCGCGCGGCCUGCAGCACAUCCAGUUCCUCUACCCGCCCUCCUUGCGGGAGCUGCGGCAGCUGUUGGCCUCGCUGCACCAGAGCCUGCCUGGGCCCCCUGCCCUCAUCUUGCUGGAUGGCCUGGAGCAUUACCUCGCUGAUUGCCCUGGCCCUCAGGCAGCCGCCCGGCUCUCAGCCCUGCUGGUGGACACAGCUUCGUACUUCACAGGGCGUCUCCAUGCGGACCCCCAAGGAUCUGCCCCCUGCUGCCAGCUCAUCGCCUCCAUGCAGGUCUCCGGGGAAACAGAGGUUGAGGAUCAUCUCAGCAUCCUCCAGCGCUACUUCCCAGCCCAGUGCUGGCUGUGCCCAGACUCGGCGGCAGCCCUGGGCCAGGAGGACUGCGGGGGCGACGGGCUGUUCAGGGCACGCCUGUCCCAGCCCGGUGCUCCAGACCGGGAAUGGAGGCUGGGAUUCGGCCUCGAUGGAGAGAUGAAGGUAUACCCGGUUCCACGGGGGUGUGCAGAGGAUCCAGGGGCAGCUUCGGACAGAGACAGAGCUGCCGGGGCUGAGAAGUGACCGCUGGGGCUCUGGCCUCUAGCAUUCUCCACUGGAGAUGUAAAUCCGUCUGUUUCCCGAGUGUGGGUUUCUGCCCUGGUCGUUGGCUGAAGCUUGGGCGAUUUAGGGGAAAAUCCAUCUCUGUACAUCCCCUCCUUGGCCUGCUUAAUUUGCCACCCACAGUGAAUAGAAAUGGUGGAAAAUUCAA